AUGGAACUCGAAGACGGGUUCGCCGUCUCGUCGACACGUCAGCGCGACUCGCGUGAACGUCUCGGCGACGUCGCGUUCAUCUACGGCGACUCCAAGCACACCCUCGAGCUGGCGGACGUCCUCGCCCACAGCCAGAAGCUGCAAAAGUUGAUCGGUGCCGAACCCGACGCCCUCGAACAGCUCGUCGCCGAGCAGCCGCUCGUCUGCCACAAGUCGCUGCGCAUGGUCUUUGACUUCAUUGCCGGCCGCGAGAUCUUCAUCGUGCAUGAGAUGCUCGACAAAGUGCUCGCCACCGCCCAUGUGCUCGGCGUCGCCGAGCUGUGCAUUGAGAUGGAGAAGCAGAUCGAGCUCAUGGCGCACGGGCCCGAGACGGCCAUGAUCGCGCUCGAGAUGGCCGGGCAUGCCAAUGUCCAGGAUGACGUGGCUUACCGCAUCUUCAAGGCGAUGAUCGACUGGGCUUUGGCCGACGCCCCUUGGACCCACCCCCUGUUCCGUGUCCCCUGGGCCUCCCUCUUCAAGGCGACCAUCGUCUGGGCCCACCAGAACGUCUUCGGGGAUGGCCGACGGGUCAUCUCCCACCUCGUCGACCGUCUCGAAAUCGAGCGCCUCUCCCUGGCCGAACUGCGCGACGUCGCUGAACUGCUCCCCAUCGCCAACAUCCCCCUCCGGCAGCUAGAUGACUUUGCUCAGCGGCUGAGGGAGACGGUCGAGUUCUACUUCAGAGCCACCGGCCAGGCCCUCGAGAUGCCCGACCGGUUCGGCGUGACCAGCGGCUUCGAGCAGGACACCGGGUCGAUGAACAGCUACUGGCAGCCGAAUCCCAAUCGCCUGCCCGGCGGCCAAUCCCCCGAAAAGGCCAAGCCGACCAGCUCGAUGUCCCCGAUCAACUUCAUGUUGUCCUCCCCGAACACGUCGGUCAUCCUGCCCUGCCGUUCUUCUUCUGAGGGGCCCGAGUCGAAGCCGUUCGAGCUCGACGUCGGUGAAUUGCCGCCGAGCCGGACCGGGCUUUGGGAGUUUAACGGCGUGACCAGCGGCUUCGAGCAGGACACCGGGUCGAUGAACAGCUACUGGCAGCCGAAUCCCAAUCGUCUGCUCGGCGGUCAAUCCCCCGGAAAGGCCAAGCCGACCAGCUCGAUCUCCCCGGUCAACUUCAUGUUGUCCUCCCCGAACACGUCGGUCAUCCUAUCCUGCCGUUCGUCUUCUGAGGAGCCCGAGUCGAAGCCGUUCGAGCUCGACGUCGGUGAAUUGCCGCCGAGCCGGACCGGGCUUUGGGAGUUUGAGUUCCUCUUCGACGGCAAGGACCUCGUGCAGAACAAGCCGGUGAACGUCGACCUGGACGUGCAGCUGGAGAAGCCGCAGCAGCCC